UCGACAUGAAGCCCUUUAUCGUCGCUUGUCUGCUCGUCGCUGCCGCUCGCGCGGAUCCCGGAGUGGUUCAGGCCAAGUGGUCUGCUUUCAAGGCUCAGCAUGACAAGACCUACGAGGCUCACGAAGAGGAUCUCCGUCUGAGCAACUUCCUCCAGGCUACCGUUGAGAUCGAGGAACACAAUGCUCGUUACCACGCCGGGGAGGUCAGCUACAUGCUCGGACACAACGCCUAUUCCGACUUGUCGGCGUCCGAGUUCAAGAGCAAGAUGCUCGGUAAGAAGCGCAUGAGCAUGGAGGGAAGGAACUUCACCGAGGUCCCCGCGGCUUCGAUGCCGUCCAUUCCUCGCAGCGUCGACUGGAGAGACAAGGGCAUCGUCACCACUCCCAAGAACCAAGAGAGCUGCGGAUCUUGCUACUCUUUCGGAGUUCUCGGCGUCGUCGAGUCCGCCAUCGCUCAGUCCACCGGCAGGAUCGUGGAUCUCGCUGAACAGCAGAUCGUCGAUUGUUCCUACAACUAUCAAGGAGAGAUGAACAGCGGUUGCAACGGCGGUCACGAAGUCGUCGUUAUGGAUUUCGUCUCCCAGCGUGGAGUUGUCCUCGAGAACAGCUACAGCUACAGAUCCGGCCAGUCCAAUCACCACUACAGCUGCCAGAAAUCCACGGGAACCUAUGGAAGGAACCUCAAGUACCGUGAGGUCAAGCCCAACGACGAGCAAAAGUUGGCUGAGGCCAUCGCGCAGUACGGAACCCUGGUCAUGUCAAUCUCUGGAGAGAACAGGGACUUCCAGAUGUACCGCGGAGGAAUCUACGACAACCCCAAUUGCUCCAAGCAGGUCGACCACGUCAUCUCGGUCGUCGGUUACGGUUCCGAGAACGGCAAAGACUUCUGGAUCGUCAAGAACUCCUGGGGAACUACCUGGGGAGAGAACGGUUUCGGAAGAGUCCGCAGAGGUGUCAACAUGUGCGGUGUUGUCUCUGACAGCUCUUGGUCUAUCAGCGUUUAGAGUUCUGAUCUUCAAUAAAUCAAAUAUUUGAGCCUA